ACACGAUAAGAUGGAAUAAUUUCUACUCAAUCAAGAAAAUUGAAUUGCCUCGAGAAAUCAAAUUUACUCUUCACAAAGAAAAGACUAACAUGUUAUAAAUCCCUCACAUUGCACAAUGCAUAUGUACAUGCUAACUUGUAGCCAUGACUUCCCAUUAUAAUUCUAAUAAAAUUCUUUUGGUUUGUUUAAGGAGGGAUCAAUUUAUAUUUUAUUAAUAAAAAGGUCAAAUCAAAAGAAAAUGAAGCUUCUUAAUAAUUAUUAGUCACAAAACAAUUAUAGGAAUAAAAAACCUCCAAAUAGAAAUUAUUAUUAUUCUUUGAAAAGUUCAACCUCAAAGAUGGCCAAAUAACCAAAAAGAUUCCAAAUACAACAUGCCAUGAACUUUGCCAACUCCAUAAAUUCUCAAUUAAAACCAAAUUCCUUCCAAAAAUAUAAUUAAACAAAUCAUAUUUAAAAAAAAAAGGUUAAUCUUGUCAAAUCACCUCAAAUACAAAAUAAAAAGGCAAAGAUCCAAAAAAAAAUCAAAUCCCAAAUUUCUUGCAACAAAUAUAAAAUUACCAAAAUAACCCUACUUCUAGUCAUACUCAUCCAUCCUUUUGUUGCGCACAUAUUAUUGGAAUUUGGACAUAUUAUGUGAGAGAAUUAAUAGACAAAAACAAAAACAAGAGAAAAAUGUUUGUUUCUUCUUUGUUUUGACAUUGUUACACCACCCACCUUCAUUAUCUGCCACCAUAUGAAACAAAAACAAAAUCUUCAUCUUUAAUCUCCAUAAAAAUUUAUGGGUUUUGCUUUAAAUCCCAUAUUCAUAAUCAUAUAAUUAUUACAUUUGCAUAAGAAGUUUUUUUUUUUUUUUUUUUUCUAUUUUUAUGGGAACAUUUCAGAGCUUUAGAAAAGCCUAUGGAGCUCUUAAGGAUUCCACCACCGUUGGUCUUGCAAAAGUCAACAGUGAAUUUAAGGAUUUGGAUAUUGCUGUUGUGAAGGCGACUAAUCAUGUUGAAGCUCCUCCAAAAGAACGACAUGUUAGAAAAGUAUUUGCUGCAACAUCAGUUGUUCGACCACGAGCAGACGUUGCAUAUUGUAUUCAUGCAUUGGCAAGGAGGUUGGCCAAGACCAAAAAUUGGAUUGUUGCAAUAAAGGUAUUGAUAGUUAUUCAUAGGACAUUGAGAGAGGGAGACCCUACUUUUCGGGAGGAGCUAUUGGCAUACUCACAUAGGGGUCACAUCCUUCAAAUUUCUAAUUUUAAGGAUGAUUCAAGCCCUCUAGCUUGGGAUUGUUCAGCAUGGGUUCGUACGUAUGCACUCUUCCUUGAAGAACGACUCGAGUGUUUUAGGGUCCUGAAGUAUGACAUUGAGGCAGAGCGGUUGACAAGAUCUUCACCGGGUGCAAGUAAGGUACAUAGUAGAACACGACUCUUGACCGCUGAGGAGCUAUUGGAUCAACUACCUGCUCUCCAGCAGCUUCUGUUCCGGUUGAUGGGUUGUCAGCCUGAAGGAGUAGCUUGCACGAAUUAUCUCAUACAGUAUGCUCUAGCUCUGGUUCUGAAAGAGAGCUUCAAAAUUUAUUGCGCAAUUAAUGACGGGAUAAUUAAUCUAGUAGACAUGUUCUUCGAUAUGAGUAGGCAUGACGCUGUAAAAGCACUUAACAUCUAUAAAAGAGCCGGUCAGCAGGCUGAGUAUCUAGCUGACUUUUAUGAUUUCUCCAAAAGAUUGGAUUUAGCAAGGAACUUUCAGUUCCCAACGUUACGACAGCCUCCCCCUUCAUUUCUGGCUACUAUGGAGGAAUAUGUCCGGGAAGCACCACAAAGUGGUUCGGUUUCAAAGAGACUGGAGUACCAAGAACGGGAUGAAUCCCCUCAAAAAAGUGAAGAACCUGAAAACGAUCAAAAUCAAGAUGAAGAAGAGGAAGAGAAUCCAGAAGAGCCAGAGGAAGAGCCAGAGCCAGAGCCAGAACCUGAGCCUGAACUUCCUCCUUUAAUAUCCACAGACGAUGAUCUUCUUGGACUACGAGAAAUAAAUCCACAAGCUGCAGAACUUGAAGAAAGCAAUGCCUUAGCUCUUGCCAUUAUUCAACCUGGGAGUGAAAAUCGAUAUUCGGCAAGCAACGCCUUGACAGAAUUCAAUGGUACAUCAGGAUGGGAGCUAGCCUUAGUUACUACACCCAGCAACAUAAACUAUAUCCCACCACCAGAUACCAAAUUGGCGGGCGGCUUCGACAACCUAUUACUCAAUAGCUUAUAUGAAGAUGAGAAUGCAAGGAGACAGCUACAGAUGCAGAAUGCAGGGUACGGUCCAUACGGGAUGGGAGCAGGCGCGAUGCAAGUACACAACCCGUACGAACAACAACAUGACCCAUUUUUAAUGUCGAACAACUUCGCACCACCCACCAAUGUUCAGAUGGCUAUGUCUCAACAACAGCAGCAGCAGAUGAUGAUGCAACAGCAACAACAUAUGAUGAUGCAGCAACAUCAUCCGCACCAGCAACUACCAUCAUCCCAGAGUAUGACGAUGGGCACAAUGGUUCCUUACCAAAACACUCCCCCCACUCAAUACCCUCAACAGCAACAGCAACCAAUGGGCAUGGGUGCAUCUAACCCGUUUGGGGAUCCAUUUUCGGCUUUCCCUCAAAACACAACACCCCCACGUGGGAAUCAUGGUUUACUUUAGAAAUAGUGAAUGAUUUUCAAUCUUCCUCUUUUCGCUUCUUUUUUAUCUUCCUUCUAGAUGCCGUUUAUUCAUUGAUGAUUCCUUCAUUCUUUUGUGAGUAGCAUUCUUUUGUGUGUGUAAGUUUGAUAAGAUCGUCCUUUUGUCUCUAAUUCAUUGCAUUUUUUUUGUUAA